AUGACACCAGGCUCCAAAAUCACAGAUAAUGGUACCCUCUGGACUGAUGUUCCUCCAAAGGGAGAUAUCCAGUAUCAAAGAGGAAAGUUCUAUGGUCGUGCCAUCGACUUCAGCUUUGAUAGAGACGCUACUGUCGACGUUAACAUUUUGACCCCUGGCGCUUACAGCUAUUAUCUUAGCUAUGGUAGUGAUGAUGAAGAUGAAAACCCGUUUACCACCACUCGUAAAUUCCACUUCGUCGUUCCUCCUUCGCUGUUCAUCGUUGACAAAUAUCUUCCUCUUAAUUCCAUUUCUAUGCAAUCCGUUAUAUCCAAGUGGGUUGGAACAGAUCCGGCUCGUUGGAGUUCUCUCUUCAGUGAGAUUCAUCGUAAGGCUUACAAUAUGAUUCAUUUUACUCCUCUUCAACAGCGUGGUGAUUCGGAUUCUCCCUAUUCUAUCUGUGAUCAAUUGCAAUUUGAUCAAACAAUCUUUCCUAAUGGCUCAAAGGACGUUAAGAUAAUGGUUGAUGAUUUGGAAUCUAACUACGGUAUUCUUUCCAUGACUGAUGUCGUAUUCAAUCAUACUGCCAACAACUCUCCCUGGCUACGUGAACAUCCAGAAGCAGGCUAUAACCUGGAAACUGCUCCUCAUUUGGAAGCCGCUAUAGAAUUGGAUGCUCUUCUUUUACACUUCUCCCGUUAUAUGAGUUGGCAUGGAUGCCCGACUGAUAUCCGCAACACAAGUGACCUUUUGAAGGUUAUGGAUGGUAUUAAAAUUCAUGUUUUAGGUGAACUAAGGUUGUGGCAAUAUUAUGUUCUCGAUGUAAAGUCGCACCUAAUUCAGUUACAGAAAGUCUGGGACUCACGUGGAAGGCUCGAACUCCCCAAUUACAAUGAUAUGCCCAAUGAUGCCAAACAAGGUAAUGAUGAAGCUAUUGCAAAGUAUAUUGCCGACAAGUGUCCCUUGAAACCGUUUGCCUUAGGUGCAAGAUACGAAAAUGCUCUCGAUAUCAAAAAGUUUGCUGGCAUUCUACGUGUUCUUCAUCCCGAGCAAUGGGUCGUAAACGAUGAAGCAAUGUUUGAACCCGUUGGAGCCUUUGCUCAUUCACUACUUGAUUCAGUCAACUUACCACUGUAUCGUGCCUAUGAUCAAGAUAACGAGGAUAUUCUAGAAAAUCUUUACAAUAGGAUCAAUUACAUGCGUAUUGACCCCAACGGACCUCAGCUUGGCGAAGUUACCCGCGAGUCACCGCUUACAGAGCCCUAUUUUACACAUUUCUCCGAUUCUAAGGACAGGGAAUGGGCGCUUGCCAACAAUGGCUGGAUUUGGGGUGGUGAUCCCCUCGUUGAUUUCGCCUCUUCAAAGUCUAGGUGCUACCUACGCCGUGAGGUAAUUGUCUGGGGCGAUUGCGUUAAAUUGAGAUACGGUAACGAUCCACAGGAUUCUCCCUAUCUUUGGGAAAGAAUGACCAAAUAUGCCGAGCUCUCCGCUAAACUAUUCCACGGUUUCAGAAUCGACAAUUGUCACUCCACUCCUAUCCACGUCGGUACUGCCAUGUUGGAUGCUGCUCGUCGUGUGCGGCCGAACCUUUAUGUUGUGGCCGAACUUUUCACUGGAAGUGAAGACCUUGACACCCAUUUCGUGGAGAGGCUCGGAAUUUCAUCGCUUAUUCGUGAGGCUAUGCAGUGCUACUCUGUUGGAGAACUUUCUCGACUAGUUCACCGUCACGGUGGACGGCCGAUUGGUUCUUUUAGAUGGCUUCCACUGGAUUCCUUAUCUUACCCUGCUGAUUCUGAAGAGUUUUCCCGCCUUCGAUCCGAGGAUAUUCGUAGACGGUCAGAGAUUCCGGUGCCUGAAAUUGUAACUGCUGCUGCUCCUCAUGCUCUUUUCAUGGACUGCACUCAUGACAAUGAAACGCCGAAUGAUAAACGCACAGUAGAGGAUACGUUACCAAACAGUGCUCUUGUAGCUUUCUGUUCUUGUGCCACGGGCACAACUAUGGGCUAUGACGAAUGCUAUCCACAUCUACUUGAUGUGGUCGAGGAGAAAAGGCUAUAUACGUUUGGCCCUGGUAUUGGUAUUGGUGAUGUCAAAGCGAAACUCAAUAGUUUACGGAAGGUACUUGCCUCUCAGAGUUUGGCUGAUCCCGAAUCCAACGAGAUGCAUGUACAUCAUGAAGGUCAGUACAUCACCGUUCACCGAGUGAAUGCUCAGACGGGAUGCGGUUACUUCUUGUUAGCCAGAACAAAGUUCUCGGAUGCAGGAAACCAGACACUUUCGCCUAUUGUCUUGAAUGGAACAGAGGCUAAAAACGAGUUUGCUUAUUGCCUCGGACGUGGCAAAGAGGGAGAGACCGGCAAACGAGCAGAGGAGGUUGAUCCUCUUAAGUCAUCGUCCAACAGUACACCGAAUGGGUUUUUGCAAUCGGUGAGCGUGCAUCUUCGUGAACUUUCUCCCGCUCUAACUGAAUAUGAUCCUUCAACCCACUCUACGAAAAUCAGUUUGCCUGAAGAUUUUCCACAGGGGUCUAUUAUGGUUCUGUCUACUAGGGUUCCGGGCUGUGACGCGGAACUCGAUAAGUAUGUCCGUACGGGAGCUUUAGAAGCGGCCAGUAAGCUCACACUUGUGGACAUCAAUGCUUUAUUGUAUCGCUGCGAGAGUGAGGAGCGUGAUGCGAGUGCCGGUGUCGACGGAACGUAUUUUGUGCCAAAUUACGGCAAUUUAGUCUAUGCUGGGUUACAAGGCUGGGUUUCUGUUCUCCGCAAGAUAAUUGAAACCAAUGAUUUAGCCCAUCCUCUAGCCAAACAUCUUCGUGAGGGUACGUGGGCGUUGGACUAUAUUUCAGGCAGAAUCUGCAAGUAUGAAGCCACUGCGGCUACUAAUGAAGAAUCACGAGCUGUGGCUAUCGAAACUUUUAGAAAAUGGCUGGAGUCAAGGUUGUCAAGGGUCAAAGAGUUACCGUAUUUUCUGGUACCGUGUUUCUUUGCUUUGACGAUCGGUGUUGCGUACGAGGCUUUGCGUUACCGUGCGUUGUCUCUCAUGUCUCCUUUAAUUCGACAGGCCACCCAAUUCGUUCAAAGUUUAGCUUUGGUGUCUAUUCAGAUGACUGCUCAAAUCAAGACUGCUUCUCUCUCUCCGUUUAAUACCAAAGAGCCUUCUCUUGCUGCAGGCCUUCCUCACUUCUGUUACGAUUUCAUGCGUUGUUGGGGUAGAGAUGUAUUUAUAAGUCUACGAGGUCUUUGUUUGGCAACGGACCGCUUUGAUAUUGCCCGUGAUCAUAUUAUUUGCUUUGCUAUGACAUUGAAACAUGGCCUCAUACCCAACCUUCUUGGUGGCGGUAAAGAGCCAAGAUAUAAUGCACGCGAUGGCGUCUGGUUUUUCCUUCAAGCCAUCCAAGAUUACUUUCACAUAGCCGGGGAAAAGCUAGGCAAAGAGCUUUUGGACACCCAAGUGCUCCGUCGUUUUCCACGGGACGAUACCUGGAUUGCAUGGGACGACCCACGAGCAUAUUCAUACAAGAGCUCGAUCUCGGAAGUGAUCUACGAGAUACUCUCCCGUCAUGCAGCAGGUAUUCAAUUUAGAGAGGCGCACGCGGGAACACAGAUCGACUCGCAGAUGCGAGAUGAGGGUUUCAACGUGUCCAUUCAUGUGGACUGGGACACCGGACUUGUGUUUGGUGGUAAUCAAUAUAAUUGUGGUACGUGGAUGGACAAGAUGGGAGAAAGCGUGCGUGCAGGCUCUAAAGGUAUUCCAGGCACUCCGCGUGAUGGAGCUGAUGUAGAAAUCAACGGUUUACUUAAGAGUGCCGUUCGUUUUGUGCGUGAAUUGCAUGGCAAGGAUUCUCAGCUAUUCCCUUACGAGUUUGUGAAGACGUCAUCGGGGAAGAAGGUGACAUUUGCAGAAUGGGAUGGAUUGCUUCAGAAAAACUUUGAAAGAUGCUUUUACAUUCCAGAGUCAAGAGAAGAGGAUGCACAAUUUGAGGUUGAUCCUUCAAUUGUGAAUCGCCGUGGUAUUUAUAAAGACAUCUACAAAUCGGGCAAGCCUUACGAGGAUUAUCAGCUUCGAGGCAAUUUCACCAUAGCAAUGGUGGUAGCACCCGAACUUUUCACUCCCUCUAGAGCACUUAAGGCCAUCAAGAUGGCGGAUAAAGUGCUUAGAGGACCUGUAGGACUCCGAACAUUGGAUCCUUCGGAUUUGAAUUACAGACCCUUUUACAAUAACAGUGAGGACAGUGACGAUUUUGCUUCUUCUAAGGGAAGAAAUUAUCAUCAAGGACCCGAGUGGGUCUGGAUAUAUGGAUAUUUUCUUAGGGCUUACAGGGAAAUUAUCGGGAAGUACGACAAGCCUCAUAAUUUGAAUCUGCAAAUCGCUCAGCGUUUAGCUGGGAACGUGAGGUGGCUGAAGGAAAGCGCCUGGGCUGGAUUACCGGAAUUGACCAACAAGGACGGAGCGUUAUGCAAGGACUCGUGCUCAACUCAGGCAUGGAGUGCCUCCUGCUUAUUGGAUUUAUAUAUGGACUACCAGCAGCAGAGUGCACCAAAUAUUUAA